UUAACGCAAAUUAAAUGGAACGUGAAAGGAAUGGAAGCUACUAGAACUUCAGAAGUGGACGAGAACGACUUCGGGUUUUAAGUAAAACUCUCUAGUAUCUGUCGAUAUUUUUUCCUCCAAGUUCUUAAAUCUUACCUUACUGCUACGCACAAGAUCUUCAGUUUCAGAAGAAACCAUGGAUGAAUCCAAACUCAAGCAACUCAAACAAUUCAUAGACCUCUGCAAAUCCGAUCCUUCUGUUCUUUCCGAUCCUUCUCUCUCUUUCUUUCGCGAUUAUAUCGAAAGUCUUGGAGGAAAACUUCCUGCUUCCACUUAUAGAGAAUCGAAAUCGAGUGUUGAUGAUGAGAGUGACGUGGAGGAUGAAAAGACGUAUUCAAAACCUAAUGUGGAAGAAGUUGAAGAGGAAGAAGAGGAAGAGCUUGUUGAAUCUGAUGUUGAAUUAGAAGGUGAUACGGUUGAACCUGAUAAUGAUCCUCCUCAGAAGAUGGGCGAUCCUACAAUUGAGGUCACAGAUGAGAGCCGUGAGGCGGCGCAAGAAGCAAAAAUUAAAGCCAUGGAAGCAAUAUCCAAAGGCAUGAUGGAAGAAGCAAUUGUGCAUUUGACAUCUGCAAUUACACUGAAUCCUACAUCGGCUAUAAUGUAUGCUACUAGAGCUAGUGUUUAUGUGAAGAUGAAGAAGCCAAAUGCUGCUAUUCGAGAUGCCACUGCUGCUUUGGAGAUAAAUCCUGAUUCUGCUAAAGGGUACAAAUCUCGUGGCAUGGCAAAAGCAAUGCUCGGUCAAUGGGAAGAGGCUGCAAAAGAUCUGCAUGUGGCUUCCACACUUGACUACGAUGAAGAAAUAAAUGCAGUGCUGAAAAAGGUUGAGCCUAAUGCACACAGGCUUGAAGAGCAUAGAAGGAAAUAUGAUAGGCUGCGCAAGGAAAGGGAAACUAGAAGAGCUCAGCGCGAAAUACAGCGCAAACGGGCUGAAGCACAGGCUGCUUAUGAGAAAGCCAAGGAGGAAUCGUCUUCCAAUAGACCUGGAGGUAUGCCUGGAGGUUUUCCAGGUGGUAUGCCUGGGGGGUUCCCUGGGGGCAUGCCUGGAGGCUUCCCAGGAGCUGGGGGCAUGCCUGGAGGCUUUCCAGGAGCUGGAGGUAUGCCUGGAGGCUUUCCGGGAGCUGGAGGUAUGCCUGGAGGCUUUCCGGGAGCUGGAGGUAUGCCUGGAGGCUUCCCAGGAGCAGGAGGAAUGCCUGGGGGGAUGCCUGGAAAUGUUGAUUUCAGCAAAAUCUUAAAUGAUCCUGAGUUGAUGGCAGCCUUUAAAGAUCCAGAGGUCAUGGCAGCUCUUCAAGAUGUAAUGAAGAACCCAGCCAAUUUGGCCAAACAUCAAGGAAAUCCAAAGGUGGCCCCAAUAAUAGCCAAGAUGAUGAACAAGUUUGGUGGUCGAUCGUGAAGAUAUGCUUACUGGUUAGACAAAUAGUAAUGUCUCUUCGUCGGCUCUUGUAGUUUUUGUGCAUGUUCCAACAUUAUUGAGCUCAACUUUUCUGUACUGCUCGACCCAACCAGUAGAUGAAUUUGAUUUAUUGGUCUAAAUGAAAUUUUACUUUGGUCGAGAGCUGUUGGUGUCUUUUGAAUCUAGUGAUUAAUGUUGUUUAAAUUGAGCAGCA